CAUUUAUUUCUCUGUGGGACAAUGACUUGCACAUCCCUAUGGGUCUCCCCAAAUAGGAACGAUGUUCUCUGCCCUUGGGUCUGUCACCAGAGGAGAGGGAUCUCCUAGUGUCCUGCCUGAGAGGCACAGGCCUGGCUGCAGAGAAUGUGGCUCUCAGUCUCAGGGAUCCUGUGUAAGCCUCUGGCUGGAGGAGGAGCAUGGCCUACAGAACAGGCUGACCCAGGGGGAUACCAAAAUAUUUCUUUACCAUCCACCCUGCAGUCCCAUCUUCUGAGGCUAAUUGGGUCUAUUCCUAAGCAGCAUUUGUUUGCUGUUGGAAGUGGACACACUUGGGCCCCAGCUGGGGCUGGAACCCAGGCUUCCAGCUCUAGGAGAAGGGACGAUGCUUUCUCGGUCAGUUGGUGUUCCCAGCAGCCAGCACAGUGUUGGGCCCCUGGCUCCAUGAAUGUGCGCUGUUCGGCUUGACUGAAGCAUUGCUCUGCCUGAGCUUUGUGGCUGCAGCACUAGAAUCUAGAGGAGAGAGGAGCAGAAAGAAGCAGAAGGAAGCUGGCUCACCCGGGAUGUGGUGAGAAACAGUAUUAACUAGGCUAGAAGCCUGAACAGGCAGGUGCUGUGACAAAAAUCUUCUGGGUCGUUCUGGGUUAUGCAAGAGGCUGUGUGACACUGGGUGGAAGGGUUUGGAAAACUCUGAGCAAAUCUGCAUAGAGGUGUGGGCAAAAUCUGUCCUGUUGUGCUCUUGUAAAAGGGUCUUAAUUAUAUUGGGAGAGCAGUGUAGAUUUUGGGGUGAACCAGCCUUGUUAUUGUGUCCUCCACCACCUGGCUUUGUCCUACCACCCUCUCCUGAACCAGCUGUGGGCUCCGUGAGGAUGGGCUGUUGGCCGAUGUCUGCCUGUGCUUCUCAGUGCCGAGCAUGGCUCCUGAAGCCCGGGGGAGUUCCUGUCUGACGCUUGUGGGAGAGUGGCCUUUGCCAGCGUGCUGCUCUGUCUUGGGAAGUUCUGUAACUGGCAGGAUGCACAGAUGUGUCGGGUUAAGAUACUCAGGAGUGCCCGCUAGAGCCCGCUCUUUGCCUGCAGGCCUGCUUCAUCACUGUUGAGACUGGCAGACCCUUGCCCAUACCAGGAAACAAUGAAGGGAGACACCAGACAACUCAACAGAGAGGAGGACGCCAGCGGGAGGGAAGACUCCAUCAUCACUAACGGGGGCUGCAGCGACCAGUCUUCUGACUCCAAGGAUGCGCCCUCACCCCCCAUCCUGGAGGCUAUCAGCACCCCGGAGAUCAGAGGCCGAAGAUCAAGCUCACGACUGUCCAAGAGGGAGGUCUCCAGUCUGCUAAGUUAUACUCAGGAUCUGACGGGUGAUGGAGAUGGCGAAGGGGAAGACGGGGAUGGCUCUGACACCCCAGUGAUGCCAAAACUCUUCCGUGAAACCAGGACUCGGUCUGAAAGCCCAGCUGUCCGAACCCGAAAUAACAACAAUGCCUCCAGCCGUGAGAGGCACAGGCCCUCCCCACGCUCCACCCGAGGCCGGCAGGGCCGCAGUCACGUGGAUGAGUCCCCCGUGGAGUUCUCAGCUACCAGGUCCCUGAGGCGGCGGACAGUAUCCUUGGCAGGCACACCGUGGCCGUCCCCCGCCAGCCCCUACCUCACCAUUGACCUCACAGAUGAUGACGUGAUGCCCCAGAGCAGCAGUACCCCCUACGCCCGCCUGGCCCAGGACAGCCAGCAGGAGAGCUUGGAGUCCCCGCAGGUGGACGCGGAGGGGACAGAUGCCGACAACACCGAGUAUCAGGAUGGGAAGGAGUUUGGAAUAGGGGACCUUGUGUGGGGAAAGAUCAAGGGCUUCUCCUGGUGGCCUGCUAUGGUGGUGUCAUGGAAGGCCACCUCUAAGCGACAGGCCAUGUCCGGCAUGCGGUGGGUCCAGUGGUUUGGUGACGGCAAAUUCUCCGAGGUGUCUGCAGAUAAGCUAGUGGCCCUGGGGCUGUUCAGCCAGCACUUUAACCUGGCGACCUUCAAUAAGCUGGUGUCUUACAGGAAGGCCAUGUACCAUGCUCUGGAGAAAGCCAGGGUGCGGGCUGGCAAAACCUUCCCCAGCAAUCCUGGUGACUCCUUGGAGGACCAGCUGAAGCCCAUGUUGGAGUGGGCCCACGGGGGUUUUAAGCCCACUGGGAUCGAGGGCCUCAAACCCAACAACAAGCAACCAGAGAACAAGACCCGAAGACGCACAGCCGAUGACUCGGCCACCUCUGACUACUGCCCCCCACCCAAGCGCCUCAAGACAAACUGCUAUAACAAUGGAAAAGACCGAGGAGAGGAGGACCAGAGUCGAGAACAAAUGGCUUUGGAUGUUAGCAACAACAAGGGUAGCCUGGAAGAUAGCUGUCUGUCCUGCGGUAGGAAAAACCCUGUGUCCUUUCACCCUCUCUUUGAGGGUGGGCUCUGCCAGACAUGCCGGGACCGGUUCCUCGAGCUGUUCUACAUGUACGACGAUGAUGGCUAUCAGUCCUACUGCACUGUGUGCUGUGAGGGCCGCGAGCUGCUUCUGUGCAGCAACACGAGCUGCUGCCGGUGCUUCUGUGUGGAGUGCCUGGAGGUGCUGGUGGGCACAGGCACGGCAGCAGAUGCGAAGCUGCAGGAGCCCUGGAGCUGCUACAUGUGCCUCCCACAGCGCUGUCACGGCGUCCUGCGGCGCCGGAAGGACUGGAACAUGCGCCUGCAGGCCUUCUUCACCAGCGACACGGGGCUCGAAUACGAAGCCCCCAAGUUAUACCCUGCGAUUCCCGCAGCCCGAAGGCGGCCCAUUCGAGUCUUAUCCCUGUUUGAUGGAAUUGCAACAGGGUACUUGGUCCUGAAAGAAUUGGGCAUCAAAGUGGAGAAGUACGUCGCCUCCGAAGUGUGUGAAGAAUCCAUCGCUGUUGGAACUGUCAAGCAUGAGGGCAACAUCAAAUAUGUGAAUGACGUCAGGAACAUCACAAAGAGAAACAUUGAAGAAUGGGGCCCCUUUGACUUGGUGAUUGGUGGAAGCCCAUGCAAUGAUCUCUCAAAUGUGAACCCAGCCAGGAAAGGCCUGUACGAGGGCACCGGCCGGCUCUUCUUUGAGUUCUACCACCUGCUGAAUUACACACGCCCCAAGGAGGGUGACGACCGGCCCUUCUUCUGGAUGUUUGAGAAUGUGGUAGCCAUGAAGGUCGGUGACAAGAGGGACAUCUCUCGUUUCCUAGAGUGUAACCCAGUGAUGAUCGAUGCCAUCAAAGUGUCUGCUGCUCACAGGGCCCGCUACUUCUGGGGCAACCUGCCUGGAAUGAACAGGCCCGUGAUAGCAUCAAAGAAUGAUAAACUCGAGCUGCAGGACUGCUUGGAGUUCAAUAGGACAGCAAAGUUAAAGAAAGUACAGACAAUAACCACCAAGUCGAACUCGAUCAGACAGGGGAAAAACCAACUUUUCCCUGUUGUCAUGAAUGGCAAAGAAGAUGUUUUGUGGUGCACUGAGCUAGAAAGGAUCUUCGGCUUUCCUGUACACUACACGGAUGUGUCCAACAUGGGCCGUGGUGCCCGCCAGAAGCUGCUUGGGAGGUCCUGGAGUGUGCCUGUCAUCCGACACCUCUUCGCCCCCCUGAAGGACUACUUUGCCUGUGAAUAGCCCCCAGGCACCCUGAGCCCAGGAGCACUGGGGCAUGUGGGGCAGAGCCAGGACCCAGGAGGUACAGCCUCAGCUCUGCCCUUCCUCUGCUCCGCGUUGUGGGGUUGCGCCACCUAUCCUUGGCAGGAGCAGAGCCGUGCGACCCCCUCCUGUCAGGGAAAGCCUGAGGUGCUGCCUCCUUGUGCACAAUUCAGACCUGGCUGCUAGGAGUGGCCAAACACGGUGCUCAUUUUGUCUUCUAAAAUUUUUAAAACUUGAAGUAGGUAGUAAGAUGGGUUUUUGUUUUUUUUUCCCCUCCCGGGUUUACCGCUCAGAGAAACAAUGGCUAAGAUACCAAAACCACAGUGCCAACAGCCCUCCAAUACUCAGGUUAAUGCUGAAAAAUCACCCAAGACAGUUAUGCCAAGACUAUGAUUUUUAAAAAACAUCUGCGGCUCCUUGUUUCCCAGGACUGCAGUGGUAGACAUGUAGCUAAGGGACAUUUUAAGGGCCCUGGAUGUUUUUCUUCCUAGGGCUAGCAGAAGAGGAGAUGAUGUCUAUGUCGUUCUUGAAUUUUCCCUAGCACAUUCCCCUGGCCUCAGUAUAAAGGGCUGGGACCCGCUGUCAGGGCCCGUGUAGAGUAUUUUCUGUAAUGAUGAUGAUUUCAGCAGGGAUGACCUCAUCAUCACAUUCAGGGCUAUUUUCCCCCCCACAGACCCACAGGGAGGACCACCCUUAGCGAUAUCCCUCCCAGUGACUGCAAUAGAACCCUCUGGGGAGCUCAGGAAGGGGUGGGCUGGGUAUAAAUUGCCACAUACUAUGCGGACAGGUAUGGCUUCUCGCUCUCUCCCUCUUCCCCACUAGAAGGGAACCAAGGAGUAGGCUUAGGUAAGACAUCCCUGCCCACCCCCAAAAUGCACCCUUCCAGACUACUCUGCAGGCACAGGUCUCCACAUUAGAAGUAGGAUACCCCAAUUCCUCAGCCUUUUUCUAAACUGAGAAGCAAUGACAGCCGGGGCACAAGCACAUUCCCUGCACCCUCCCCUCAUCUAAGAGAUUGCAGGGGGAAACUGCAAUAAAAGCUCGACCCUCCUUCCAGAGAUUUUAAAGUCCUUUUGUAUUCCAUGAGAAGUUGUUUUUAGGGGGAAUGGGAGGUCGGGAAAGCUGCAUUUCAGAAAUGCUGUCGUAAUGGUUUUUAACACCUUUUACUCUUCUUACUGGUGCUAUUUUGUAGAAUAAGGAACAACGUUGACAGGUUUUGUGGGAAUUUUUUUAUACACUUUUUUUUAAAAUCACAGACUUCUAUUUUUAUGUUUUAACAUUUUCAUAAAAAGUUUUUUUUUGUAACUGGAGCCACGUAACAAGUAUGGGGGAAAAUUGUGCCUUGUUUCAACAGUCUUGCUAAUUUUUAGGCUGAAAAAUGACAGAUGCCUAGAGUUUACCUUAUGUUGAAUUAAAAUCAGUAUUUCUCUAACA